AUGGCCUCUACCAUCACUCCCUCCAAGAAGGCUACCUCUGCCAUGGAGUCAUUGAAUAUGGACUCUCCCAUCAAGAAGCUAGACUUCUCCUCCGGCAAGGAGAAUGCCCCUUUCGACUCCAACAUCGAUGCCCUUGCCAAAGAGAUUGAUUCACACCAACAAAUUGAGAAGAAGCAAGAAGUGAAGGUCGCAGUUGCACCCACUAUCAGGCCUGAGGAGGCUGAUGAGCCUAUCCUACAAGAGAACCCUCAGCGGUUCGUCCUGUUUCCCAUUAAGUACCAUGAGAUCUGGCAGAUGUACAAGAAGCAUGAGGCGUCCUUCUGGACUGCCGAAGAGAUCGACCUGUCCAAGGAUCUUCACGACUGGAACAACAGACUUAACGAUGACGAGAAGUUCUUUGUUUCUCACAUCCUCGCCUUCUUUGCCGCGUCAGACGGCAUUGUCAAUGAGAACCUAGUUGAGCGAUUCAGCGGCGAGGUUCAGAUCCCUGAAGCACGAUGCUUCUAUGGUUUCCAGAUCAUGAUGGAGAAUAUCCAUUCCGAAACUUACUCUCUGCUCAUUGACACCUAUAUCAAGGAGCCCGCCCAGAAGACCCAUCUCUUCAAUGCCAUUGACACUAUCCCCUGCAUUCGCAAGAAGGCUGAUUGGGCUCUGCAAUGGAUCGCUGACAAGAACUCUACCUUCGCUCAGCGUCUGAUUGCCUUCGCUGCUGUUGAGGGUAUCUUCUUCAGCGGUGCUUUUGCCUCCAUCUUCUGGCUAAAGAAGCGUGGCCUAAUGCCUGGUCUCACCUUCUCUAACGAGCUUAUCUCGCGUGACGAGGGUCUACAUACCGAUUUCGCCUGUCUUCUCUUCACACACCUCAAGAACCGCCCCGGCAAGGAUGUCAUCGAGAAGAUCAUUAGAGAUGCCGUCACUAUAGAGCAGGAAUUCUUGACAGAGGCUCUACCUUGUGCCUUACUCGGCAUGAACUCUAACUUGAUGAAGCAAUACAUCGAGUUCGUUGCCGACCGUCUACUCGUCGCUCUCGGCAAUGAGAAGAUCUACCGCUCUUCCAACCCGUUCGACUUCAUGGAGAAUAUUUCUCUGGGUGGCAAGACUAACUUCUUCGAGAAGCGUGUUGGUGACUAUCAGAAGGCAGGUGUCAUGGCCAGCACUAAGAAGAAUGAAGACGUGGCCACCCCUGCAGAGGGCGAGAAUGGAGGUGAUUUCACCUUCGAUGAUGACUUCUAA